CUAGGCAUCCCUGCUGAACAAAUUGAGAAAGGAAAAAACUUCAAGUACACUACGGAGGUAGUCCAGAAUGGUGAUGACUUCACCUGGUCACAAAUCUAUCCAGGAUUCACCCUGACCAACAAAUUCACCGUGGGCAAAGAAGCUGACAUGGAGACCCAGGGUGGCAAGAAGUUUAAGGCAACUGUCCGUAUGGAGAGUGGAAAACUGACUGUCGAUUUUCCUAAAUACCAUCACACUUCAGAGAUUGUUGGAGGAAAAUUGGUGGAGGUAAGACAAGACAUUAUAGUGAAACACAGUAAAGUCUGUUUAAAAAACAGAAGAUAUCUACAUUUCUAA